CUCAACUGCAUUGAAAACUCCUUAACUUGCUAAAAACAACAAUAAAACACUCUUAAUUUGGCUAAAACAUGCAAUCGGCCAUAAAAUUAAAGAAGUGCAUAAAUAAAGGAAAUUUUUCAAGAAAUAAGUUAAAAAGUAAGCGAAUGCAAUUACCAAGCGACAGUCGGUGACUGGCAACCGAGGAAUUAAGACUUGCACGAGAUUUUUUGGCAGCAAACAUUACUGGACAUCAAAGAGUACCUAAUACAGAUUGUCGUGCAGCGGAAAUAGCAACUGGUGGUCGCAAGCUUUGCGCAGGGCAAAACUGCAACGAUGUCUGUGUACGCCUGGGGCGCCAAUUCGCACGGACAACUUAGCCUUGGCUUUGAAUCGGAGUUAUGCAUGUCACCUGAAAUUGUGCGUGAAUAUUCUUUUAAUCCUGCCAGCGUACGACGUAUACGUGGUGGCGGUGGCCAUGUGCUGGUGCUCGAUGCAAAUGGACGAGUACAUGCAUGCGGUUGGAAUGGACGUGGGCAAUUAGGCUUAGACUCAACCGAGGAGUGUUUUAAUACAUUUCAAACUAUACCAGGCGAAUAUUUCGGGGACGUGCCAGUGGAGAGCAUCGCUUGUGGUUGGGAUAUUUCCGGCUGCAUAACUGUCACCAAAAAGUUAUAUGUUUGGGGCUCGAAUUCCUUUCAGCAAUUAGGGUUGUGCCAACGGGAAUUCAAUGCAGUCCGACGUCCAUUGCCUGUAAUAUUGCCCCGUAACGAUAAACCUGCACGCAUAAGUUUCGGUUUACGUCAUUGUGCCAUACUCACCGAAGAUCACAAGGUUUAUGUAUUCGGCCGUUUACGUAUUGGAGAUGAACCACCAUCAGAUUUAUGCAUAACAUCAACGACGCUUAAUUGUGCGCCUGUUAUAAAAAUUCAAACCAAUGAACCUACUGAGAUACACAUAACUGGCGUAGCAAGUGGACAAAAUCAUAUUUUACUUAAAGUGGUAGAUUUGCAAUAUGGUACUAGUGCAAAACGCGUAAUUGCUUUAGGAGAUAAUAAAUUUGGUCAAGCAAAUUCUUUUCAAUUUGAAGAAGAGAUUAAACAAAUCACCACUGGUUGGACGCACAAUUCUGUAAUGUUAAAAGAUAAUCGCGUUCUCAGUUGGGGACGUAAUUGUUAUGGGCAGUUGGGCAUUGGAAGUGUAACGAAAAAUCAGCCAAUGCCACAAGAACUUGAUUUGCCCAGUAAUAUUAUGCUUUCCAGUUUGCACAUGGGUUCCGAACAUGGCUUGCUGCGCAGCACAGAUGGUGAAGUGUACACUUGGGGUUGGAAUGAGCAUGGUAACUGUGGCAAUGAUGCUACGGAUAAUUUAUGUUCACCCACAAGGAUUCAAUUGCCUGGCCCUUGUAAAAUUGCUGGGACUGGCGCAGGAUUUUGCUACGCGAUUUGUGAAGUGCCCAGCAGUUAAAUGUGAAAAUUUUAAAAUUUUUGACUUUUUGUUUGUGUGUUAAAAAAUUUUUUUAUUUAUAUAAUAAGUGGAAAAUAAAUUUGU